ACAUCUUUAACAUUAGUGCUUUACAUUUGAAGAGUUGACUUCAAUUCCUUUGAUGGGGUUCGCUUCUUCUUCAUCAUGUUCGUCCUUCUUAAGAUCAGAACCGUAUUUCAUAUACGAUGUGUUCAUCAACUUUUGGGGACAAGACAUCGGUAGAAAGUUCGUUUCUCAUCUCCACGCUGUCCUUUUACAAGCCCAAGUCAAAACGUUGCUUAACGAGGAGAAAUUUCACGAGGGAAUGAAGGUGGAAGAACACAAGCGAGCAAUAGCAUGCUCUAAGAUUGCGAUAAUUGUUUUCUCAGAAACAUACACUGAAUCUACCAACUGUCUUCUUGAGCUUGAAAAAAUCAUUGAAUGCCGCCAAACUUUUGGCCAAAUAGUUCUGCCCGUAUUUUACGAGAUUGACCCGUUGGAUGUACGUCAUCAGAAGGAUGAUUUCGGAAGAACGUUGGCAGAAACUGCACACAAAAGUUAUUCAGGAGAACAAAUGGAACAUGCGUUGUCCAGGUGGAGUCGUGCACUCACCACAGCUGCAAGUAUCAUUGGUUGGGACGUCAGAGAUUUCAGCAUGAUGCCGAACUUCUGGAUGUUAUUGUUAAUCGCGUUCAGACAUUACUGGACUAUCAGGACUUCGUUAUUACCCAAUUUCCUAUUGGAUUAGAGUCCCAUGCGGAAAAAGUGAUUAGAUGUAUUGAAAAUCAUUCCACCAAAGUAUGUAUGUUAGGGAUAUGGGGAAUGGGAGGAUCAGGUAAAACUACCUUCGCCAAAGCCAUCUAUAA